AUGAGUCCCCGUAUAUGCUCGUGCACCCUUUGUGGGUCAGUCAUUGCUGAUGUACCGGGCAAUAUUUCAUGGUCGAAUCAGUUUCGCGGUCUCUCUUCCAGCCCAAUAGGUAUCAUUCUCACAGGCGUUGGGUUAUACGAUGAUCCGGGAAGGGGCGCGUUCAUCGCCCCAGUCGACUCCAAUGGUCGGUGGGACGACCCGACCUAUGACAGCCCAGAGAAGGACCAAUUCGGCGCCAUGAGCCAAGGUGAAGUCAACGGAAGACAUGGCUUCGUUUUCCACGAAGCUUGCUGGGAUCUCUUGGAGAAGGCCUUUCAUCCGAGAAAGGUGCCAUUGUCCAGACUAUUCGACAUAUGCAGAUCGCUUCCAUUCCCAAUGAACGGCGUGAGUAUCAGUUGGGGCCACGACUACGGGGGACCAGUCCUCAUUGAUCAUGAACAUCAUUUUCCGUGGGAAGAUCGGUUUGCGGACCGAGAAUACUUGGAGCCUGAUCCUGUUCUCAACACCAACCCAUCUGAGGUCCCAGAGGUACAACAUAUGUUGACUGAGGCUCCCGAGUCUCCACCAAGCUCAACACUUUCUGUUUCCACCACAGUGACGCCAGGACGAAACCGCCUUUAUACACUUCCUGGGGAGAUUCGAUCAGCGAUCGCUAUGUAUCUGCCGACGCUGGAUGUGCUGAAUCUUCGCCUAGCCUCACGCGUGUUCUGGACCGUAUUUGACAGCCAACAAUUUUGGGCAUCAAGAUUCAGAGACGCUUCAGACCGCGCAUGGCUUUUUGAAGCCCGGGACAGCGCGCAGCCUCGAGACUGGAGAUGGUUGUAUCGACGAACAAACAAUGCCCGCAUAGGCCCCGGCCUACGGAACAGGGUUCGAAUUUGGAACCUAGCCCAGAAGGUUGUGGAGAUAGUGGGUUUCUAUUGGGUCGAUAUUGGCGUGGCAUCUUCCCCGAGGACAGAGUCGUCUCAGUGGGUGCAAGUGGCCAGCGACUUGUGGGAUCAGCCGGCCGGUGCCGCUUACGCCCUCUUUGACCGAGGUUGUCGUCUCUUCCACAAGCACCGCAUAGCCGUCUUCGAUGACCUAUCGCGGCUUUCUAUCUCUUGUGUUCAAGUAGGCGACAUCAAGUACGUCGCUGGACUGAAGAUCGCCAAUGCCGCGGGAAACACUCGUCAGGUCGGGUACUGGAGCACAACCGAGCAAUCCGUGGAAACUUCCGAUAUUCGCGGAUUCAAAGUGGCUGUAGGAUCACGGGGUAUUCAAGCUCUCCAGUGCAUUACUGGAGCGUCUGAAAUGCAACACUGGAUUGGCAGCCCGGAAGGAUCGCCCAAGACGCAGCGUCUAGGUAUGAGUGACUGCGUGACAGAACUUGAGGUCGGGUUUGAUGGCUGUAAAAUGGUCAGCCUGGCUGUCUGCCGCCGAUUGUCAUCGCCCAAACAAGCGGAUCACGAGAAGAACAGGUUGAGAAACUCAGGACUUUGGUAUCCUGACAUACCGGGACGAGCCCUAUGCUUGAACGAAGACUCCUUUGCGCCGAGGGACCAUUAUUUGAACGGAUACAAACCAUUGUUUUGGACUUCUUUCGGUGGCCCAGGAGGCAUUUAUCUUCGGAAUCUCACCAGUUUCACCGCCAUCUGGGGCGGAGGCGGCAUACGUCGCAUCGACUUCGCAUACGACAUGCCAGUCCCGUCUGAGCAUCAGACGUUUGGCUGCCAAGAGUCUGGAGAGUGGACAAAGACCAUCAACUUCGCGAUCGAUGGACCCGGAGGCGAACUCAUCGACAAGAUCGAGGUGUUCCAGCAAUACCCCGACGCAGGUUACCCUUGGUUGGUCGAGGAGGGAACUCUUGUAGCUUUCAGGGUGAGUCAGUCGUAUUUCAAUUUUCGUCUUCCCCCGAGAAAGGGGCGCUGAGCAAAUAAUGUAAAAGCGUCAACAAACCGAGGGAGAUCUUGUCUUUUCUCCUUCCAUUCCGACCCGUUGAGCCGCAUUUCUCUCCA